AUGGGAGAACUGAACAAGGGGAAUACAGCAGCUUGCUCAAACAAAAAGCAAGCUUCAAUUUUAAGUUUUUUUAAAACACAAAAUAAUAAAAUAAAAAAGGAAAACAGUAUGAAAGAUAGUAAUGAUAAGCCAUGUGAAGAAAAAGAAAAAGAAAAUAGUAAAUUAGAUAUCCUAAACAAUUUUGUUUGUCCCAAGGUUGAGGAUAAUUUAUUUGGGACUGGUAAAGAGACAGAUGGUGAUAUGAAAACGAACUUGUUUAGUAACACAAAUACAUUUGAUGAGUCUGAAAAAAUGGAUAAUAAUAAAAAUAAUGAAAGUGUUAAAUAUGAUAAUAAUGGAUAUAUUAUGGAUAAUGCUGAAAUAAGUACUGAAGAAGAUAUAAUAGUAAAAAAAAAAAGAAAAAUAAUUUUAGACAGUUCUUAUGAUGAUAAUUAUGAUAGUGAUAGUAAUGAUAAGAAAAAAGUGAAAGGAGGUCAUGUAAAAAAUGAAGGAGUUGAUAAUAAGUUGAAAAAUUUAUUAUAUGAUGAAAAUAAAAAAGGAGAUGAUAUUUUAAUAAAUAGUAAUAAAGAAAGUAGCAACAAAAAUAUAGAUAUAAAAUAUGUACAAAGAAAAAAAGUAGAAGAUAAUAAAAAGUCACAAGAAUUAGAUUGUUUACGUAAUAAAUUUUUAAAUUUACCUAUUACAUUAAAUAAUGAUAAAUUUCGAUUAUAUAUAGAACAAUAUUUUUUAUAUUGCAAUUCUUUUGAAUUUCCAAAAUGGAUACAGCCACAAUAUAUUAGAGAUACAAAUUUAAAUACACCAGAUAAUCCUAAUUAUGAUUCAUCAACAAUUUGGACACCACCUCAAGAUCAUCAAUGGGCUAUCGAAUAUAAACAAGCUCAUUAUACUCCUGGUAUGCAACAGUUUUGGAAAAUAAAAUCAAAAAAUUUUGAUAAAAUUAUAUUUUUUAAGAUGGGUCGAUUUUAUGAAAUAUUUUAUAUUGAUGCUUGUAUUAUGCAUACUAUAUGUGGAUUAAAUUGGAUGAAUGGGGAGCAGAAACCCCAUUUAGGAUUUCCUGAACAAUCUUUACAUUUAUAUGCCAAGAAAGUUAUAAAUAGUGGUCAUAAAGUUGUAGUAAUAGAGCAAAUGGAAACCCCUAAAGAGUUGGAGCAACGAAAUAAAGUAUCAUCAGGUCCUAAAGAUAAAGCAAUAAAAAGAGAAGUAAAUGAAAUAUAUACUAAAGGUACAAUUUUACAUGAUAAUAUGUUAUCAGCUGAAACAAAAUAUAUAAUAUGUUUUCAUUUUGAUGAUAUUGAAGAUAUAGGAGAUGAUAAUACAGGAUCACAAACUCAUUGUAAUUUUGGAUUUGUUGUUAGUGAUGUUGCUACGUCGUAUAUAGCUGUUGGAUAUUGCAAUGAUGAUGAAUCUCGAAUUGAGUUGCGAACUUUAUUGGCUCAACUAUGUCCUGCUGAAAUAUUAUAUUGUUCAAAGAAUGUAAAUAAAGAAGUUUUGUCAAUUUUUAAAAAUAUACCUGCAUGUCCAGAACUAACUAGUGUAAACAGUUUCCCUAAUAUAAUAGCUUCUCUAGAUGAAGUUAAUAAAUAUUUUGAAAAUAUUCCUAAAGCUUUAGAAGCAUAUAAAGAACAAAAUAGUGUUAUAUGUGCAUUUGGUGGAUUUAUUGUUUAUUUACGAUCCCUUUUGUUAGAUAAAAAAAUAUUAAAAUUUUGUAAAAUUGAAUUUUAUGAUUUAUUUAAAAAAGAUAAUUAUAUGGUUUUAGAUGCAACAGCAUUGAAGCAUUUAGAAAUUUUAGAGACCCAAUCUGGUGAAACUAAAAAUUCUUUAUAUGAUUAUGUAAAUAAAACAUGUACAAACUUUGGAGCAAGAAAUAUGAGAAGAUGGGUAUGUAGUCCUUUACUAAAUUGCGAUAAAAUAAAUCAACGAUUAGAUGUAGUUGAAUUUUUAAGAAAGAAUGAUCAUAUAUUAUCAUUGAUACGUUUGAAACUUAAGAAGUUACCUGAUAUAGAAAGAUUAUUAAAUAAAAUAUGUAUACAAGCUUCUCAAAGUGAAAGAGGAGCUGUUUUUUUUGAUAAUAUUGUUAAUACGAAGUUAAAGGAGUUUGUUACAUUUUUAAAUGCAUUUAAAGAAAUAGACAACAUGUUGAUCGAAAUAAACAGUAUUGAUAAUGAAGAAGAUGUAAUACCUACUCGAUUGUUUGAAAUUACAAAUACAUAUAAUAAAAGCUCUAAAAAUAAUGUAAAAGGUAACUAUCCUGAGAUUGAUCAAAUUACUAAUGAGUUUUUAGAGAAGAUAUAUUUCGACGGAGAAAAAGAAUAUAAACCUGCUGAAGGAUGUGAUGAAGCUAUUGAUGCAAUAAAUAAAAAAGAAAAAGACAUUGAAAAAGAAUUAAAUAAUAUAUUAGUUGAUAUGAAAAAGUUUUUAAAAAUCCCUACACUUAAAUUUGUACAUGCAAAAUAUAAAUAUGAAAUUGAAUGUCCUGAUAAUGUACCUAAAUCAUUUUUAAAGGGAGUUGAAAUUACAUCUGUUAAAAAAGGAUUUGUAAGAAUACAAAAUGAAGAAAUAAAAAAUUUAGUUGAAAUGUUAGAAGAUAUUGAACAAGAAAAAAAAGAUGCUAUAUAUCCAUUUUUUCAAAAAAUAUUUCAUCUUUUUUAUGAACAUUAUGAAAAAUAUGUAUCAGCAUGUAGGCUAAUUGCUGAGUUAGAUUGUUUACAAGCAUUUGCAUACGUUGCAGUAAAUACAUCUUUCCCUUUAACUAGACCUAUUUUACAUUUCAUGGAAUGUGAAAAUAAUAAAUCAGGAGAUAAUAAUUAUGGAGAUGAUUUAAAUUGUGAAAUUGAAAAAGAUGGAAAAAUGGGUUCUAAAAAUGCAUCUAAAGAUAAAAAACCAUUUUUAAUUCUAGAAAAUAAUAUACAUCCAGUAGUUGCUACAUUAAUGCCUAAUUUUAUUCCAAAUAAUAUUUAUAUGGGAUGUGAUAAAGAAAAAGAAACUACACUUUUAUUAACAGGUCCUAAUAUGGGUGGUAAAAGUACAUUAUUAAGACAAACAGCUAUUUCAGUUAUUUUAGCUCAAAUCGGAGCAUUUGUUCCAUCAACCUAUUGUGAAUUAACAAUUGUUGAUAAAAUAUUUACAAGAUUAGGAUCUAGUGAUAAUUUAUUUGAAGGAAAAAGUACAUUCCUUGUAGAAUUAGAAGAUAUAUCAAACUUAUUAAAACAAAGUACUAAAUAUAGUUUAGCAAUCUUAGAUGAGUUGGGAAGAGGAACAUCAUCAUUUGAUGGUACUGCUAUUGCAUUAUCAACACUCGAACAAAUUUCAGAUACAAUAAAAUGUAGAUGCAUAUUUUCAACACAUUAUCAUUUAUUAGUAGAAGAAGUAAAACAUAAUACAAAUAUUUCAAAUUAUCAUAUGAGUUUAAGUAUUGAUGAUGAUCAAGAAAAAAUUAUAUUUUUAUAUAAAUUUAUAAAAGGAAUAUGCCCUAAAUCUUUUGGUAUACAUAUAGCUAAAUUAGCUGGACUACCAAAAGAAAUUAUUGAUCUAGCACAUGAAAAAUCUAUAUUAUUUGAAAAUGUAACAGAUGAAUUUUGUAAAAUAAUUAAAUAUAAAAAUAUUAUUCGAUCCUUGUUAAAAGCAACUGAUGAUACUACCUUGGCAACUAUGUUUCAAAAAUACAAGUGUGAAUUUGUAUAA